AUGGAGAUCUCUGAGAAACUCAUCUUAGCAGCUAUUCACGAAAACAUCAACGUGCAAAAAUUGCAGAAACGAUUCCCAAAUCAGAAGAUUAUCAGAGACGAAAAAGGUAUCAUUCGAUACAAGUCACGCAUUCAGAAUACCAAUUUGCCAUAUGACACAAAAAUGCCAAUUUUCAUCCCGAAUUACUCGGAACUAGCCAGGCUAAUCAUUCAUGACCUACAUUAUGAAAACGCACACUGUGGCAAAGAACAGACAGCGCUGGCAAGACAACGAUUUUGGAUUCCCCAGCCAUCUAGAGUGAUCAAGAAAUAUCUGCGUACAUGCAUUACGUGUAAGAAAUGCCACGGAUUGCCAUAUGGAGCACCAGAGAUGCCACCAUUACCAACAGAUCGGCUAAUAAUAACCAAACCCUUUGCAAAUGUUGGAUGCAACUAUAUGGGACCAUUUGAGUCAAACGUCAAACAGAAAAUGUACGUCUUUUUAUUCACAUGCCUCACUGCCAGGGCGGUGCACCUUGAAGUGGUCGAAAAUUUGUCAGCGGGUGCAUUUUUAAGCAGCUUCAUCCGUUUUAUAUCUCGAAGAGGUGUUCCAAAACUCAUCCGAACUGAUUGCGGAACGAAUUUUGAAUUGGGAUCAAAAGUGAUUGAAAAUUUGUUUCUCGAAAAUGAUGGAAAUGGUAGUUCCGCGAUGAACUACAGUGUCUCAGAGGGCAUACAGUAG